UAUUGCCAGGGUCAUGCUGCACCUGUCCUGUACGCUGCCUGGGCAGAGGCAGGUUUUGUGAAAGAGUCUGAGCUGGUUAACCUGCGUAAGAUUGAUUCUGACUUGGAGGGACACCCCACCCCAAAAUUGGAAUUUGUUGAUGUAGCUACUGGAUCUCUGGGACAGGGUCUUGGGGCUGCAUGUGGGAUGGCCUAUACCGGCAAACACUUUGACAAAUCCAGUUAUCGUGUGUACUGCAUGCUGGGAGAUGGCGAGUGCUCAGAGGGCUCAGUUUGGGAGGCCAUGGCCUUUGGUUCCCACUACCAGCUGGACAACCUGGUGGCGAUCCUGGAUGUUAAUCGGCUUGGUCAGAGCGAGCCCGCGCCUCUGAAGCACGACAUGGAGAUCUACCGCAAACGUUGUGAAGCCUUUGGGUGGAACACGUAUGUUGUGGAUGGACAUGAUGUGGAGGAGCUGUGCAAAGCUUUCUGGCAGGCUCAGCAGGUCAAAGGCAAACCGACCUGCAUUGUUGCCAAGACAUUCAAGGGCAGAGGCCUCAAAGAAUAUUGUGCUGGACUCAUCAUGUUGAUGGCAACGAGGCAGGCGUACGGUGUGGCGCUGAAAAAACUGGGCCAGGCAAGCCAGAGAGUGGUGGCACUCGACGGAGACACUAAAAACUCUACUUUCUCAGAGACCUUCAAGAAAGCCUUCCCUGAUCGCUACAUCGAGUGCUUCAUCGCUGAACAGAAUAUGGUGGGAGUGGCUAUUGGCUGCGCCAGCCGUGACCGCGCUGUUGCAUUUGCCAGCACAUUUGCAGCAUUUUUCUCCAGGGCCUAUGACCAGAUUCGUAUGGGAGCCAUCUCUCAGACGAACGUCAACCUGGUGGGGUCUCACUGCGGCGUCUCCAUCGGUGAGGACGGUCCGUCCCAGAUGGCGCUCGAGGACUUGGCCAUGUUCCGCGCCAUCCCAACAUGUACCGUGUUUUACCCCAGUGACGCCGUGUCCACAGAGAGAGCUGUUGAACUGUCAUCCAACACAAAGGGUAUAUGUUUCAUCCGUACAAGCAGACCAGCCACUGCAGUCAUCUACUCCCCAGAUGAGAAGUUUGAAGUGGGCGUAGCCAAGGAAAAUAGGAGUGAAUAUACAACAAAAGGAGCACAAACAGAAAAGCGCAGUGUAAAACUGGUGCACCUGCGGGUUUGGGGCGACCCGUUGGCGGCUGGAGAAAGCGUGGAAAAGGAGGCGAGGACAGCAAUGCUCUUAUGGCUGCACUCAGGGAACUCCACGCUGAGAAGAAAAGGCUGA